UUCACCUGAUAACAUUAAUUUCUCAAAUAAAAAUUAAUUGUUUUGGACAUUAAAUAUAUUUACUUAUUUUUUAAAAAUUAUUCAUAUUUCUUAUACUGCACCUUAUUUUUUUUUAUUUUAUAUUUGGUUCAACUUUAGUUCGUAUUGUAUUUUUAGUGGAUAAUAAUUAAUAAUUUACUGAUUUAUAAUGGCUAGCAUGGUAGUUAUUGGAUUAGGAUUAGCAGCAGCUGGUUUUGCUGGUCGACAGGCUUUGCGUGUUGCUCCUCAAGUUGCCACAAAAAUGAAUGAAAUCCUUAAAACUAUGUCAUCUGAAACAGAAUCAAUUAUGUCAGGUAAAAGGUAUUAUAAAGGAGGAUUUGAUCCCACAAUGACUAAAAAAGAGGCUUCACUAAUUCUUGAUGUAUCAGCUAAUGCUCCUAAAAAUAAAAUCAAGGAAGCACACAAGCGUAUAAUGUUAAUUAAUCACCCUGAUAAAGGAGGUUCUCCUUACAUAGCUGCAAAAAUAAACGAAGCAAAAGAUUUACUAGACAAUAAGUAAACAUCUUAUUAUUAAUGUGAUAUAUUAUCAUAGAAAUAUUUUAGUAAUGUAAAUAAAAAUAUAUAAAUAAAUAAGAAAUCAUAGCGUGAAA